AUGCUCUUUCCGCACACCUUCCUUACGGUGUGGAUAGUAGCCAUCACCGUAACGAAGGUCAAUGAGAGACUCGUCCUUCGAGGAGGAAAAGGAGUGGCCGAGGGUCAGUCUCGUGAGAUGAGCAUGGGCCGCGGUGAGGAUCGUAGUCGAGAGAGAAUCUGGUCCGUCCUUGCGAGUCACUCCCUCGUGCUGAGGGCGACGAUGGAGGCUUUCGUCUUCCUCCGAGCCCUCUUCCUCUCCACUCUCCAUUUCCCGUUUUCGGCUCUCGUGUUUUCAGACAAGAUUCCCUCGGCGAGUCUCCUCCCCGUAUCCCCCCAGGCAGCGGAAUACGGCUGCAGACUUCCCUUCGCCUGCGUCCCGUUCUACCUAUGCUACAAUGGGAACAUCAUAACGAAUGGAGAGGGCAUCUUCCAUGGACGAGUUCGUCGUUCGGAGCCAUCAUCGCCCGUUAAUGAUUCGAGCAACCCGUCGCAGCAUUUGGACGGGAACUGUCCUAAUUUCCUCGACGUGUGUUGCCUCGACCCGAACGCGAAGCCUCCGACGACGCCGAAGCCCCCGCCGUACGUGCCCAGAUGCGGGAAUCGGAACUACCUGGGAGCAUACCACAACACCUUCAACGCCUCGCGCGAGUUGCACCAGUACGACCACGAAGCCCAUUAUGGGGAAUUUCCGUGGAUGGGGGUGGUCCUCACCACUAAGCCGGAUGCGCCCGAGAAGGAUCUCUACCAGUGCGGUGCCUCUCUAAUCCACCCUCAGGUCGUCCUCACUGCUGCUGACUGCGUCGAUGAGUUUACAGAAUUCCCAGGAAAAAGCGGGCUGAAGGUCCGGCUUGGAGAAUGGGAUACUACGGGCGCCAACGAGCCCUAUCCGCACCAAGAAAGAUUCGUGGAGAAGAUAGUCAUUCACCCCGAUUACCGCAAGGGACCCCUCUACAACGACAUUGCUCUGCUCUUCAUGAACGACCCAUACGAACUUCAACCCCACGUCGACACCAUCUGUCUGCCUGAGCCGGGUUACCGGCGUCCAUGGGGCAACAUCUGCGUUUCCGCCGGGUUCGGCAAGGACAACUUCGGGAGAGAGGGCCGAUAUCGGACGAUUUUGAAGAAGGUGGAAUUGCCUCUGGUCGAGCGGAUGGAAUGCGAGAGGACACUUCGAAACACCAGGCUUGGCCAAUGGUUUCGGCUGCACUGGAGUUUUCUCUGUGCCGGCGGCGUCACGGGACAUGAUACUUGCAAGGGUGAUGGAGGAGGUCCAUUGGUGUGUUAUGAUCCCAAUAAGGGAUCCUGGUAUCAAGUAGGAAUUGUGGCUUGGGGAAUUGGGUGUGGGAAUGCAAUCCCUGGAAUCUACGUUGACGUCGCUCAUUUCACUCCCUGGAUUGAUGAAGAGAUCACCAGAUAUUACCAUCUGAGGAACCUCCCCGGACCCCCCCAGGCAGCAGAUUACGGCUGCGUCUUUCCCUUCGCCUGCGUCCCGUUCUAUCUAUGCAACGAGGGGGAAAUCGUCACCGACAUCAUCGAUGUCCAAUUUGGCCCCGGAAAGGAUUCGAGCGACCCGCCGCAGUUGGUGGGCGGGAACUGUCCAAAUUUCCUAGACGUAUGUUGCCGCAACCCAAACGCAAAGCCUCAAACGACACCGAUGCCCACCCCGUACAAUUCCAGAUGCGGAGUUCGGAAUAACUUUAGUAUCGACGUCGGCAUCACCUUCAACGCCUCGCACGACCAGCACAAGUACGACCACGAAGCUCAGUAUGGGGAAUUUCCGUGGAUGGGGGUGGUCCUCACCGCUAAGCCGGAUGCGCCCGAGAAGGAUCUCUACCAGUGCGGUGCCUCUCUAAUCCACCCUCAGGUCGUCCUCACUGCUGCUGACUGCGUCGAUAAGUUUGCAGAAUUCCCAGGAAAAAGCGGGCUGAAGGUCCGGCUUGGAGAAUGGGAUACUACCAACGACUACGAGCCUUAUCCUCACCAAGACAGAUUCGUGGAGAAGGUGGUCAUUCACCCCGAUUACCGCAAGGGACCCCUCUACAACGACAUUGCUCUCCUCUUCAUGAACCACCCAUACGAACUUCAACUCCACGUCGAUACCAUCUGUCUGCCCGAGCCGGGUUACCGGCGUCCAUGGGGCAACAUCUGCGUUUCCACCGGGUUUGGAAAGAAUUCCUACGGGAAAGAGGGCCAAUAUCAGAUAAUUUUGAAGAAGGUGGAAUUGCCUUUGGUCGAACAGAUCGAAUGCGAGAAGAGAUAUAGGUCCACCAAGCUUGGCCAAUGGUUUCGACUUCACAGGAGUUUUCUCUGUGCUGGCGGUGUCAUGGGAGAAGAUACUUGCACGGGUGAUGGAGGAGGUCCAUUGGUGUGCUAUGAUCCUGAUAAGGGAUCCUGGUAUCAAGCAGGAAUUGUGGCUUGGGGAAUUGGGUGUGGGAAUGAAAUCCCUGGAAUCUACGUGGAUGUCGGUUAUUUCACUCCCUGGAUUGAUGAAGAGAUCACCAGAUAUUACCAUCUACCCAAACCUUAUUGGGGAUUCGACCUACGUCAGGGUAUACCCGAAGAAGGCUCUACAGGUUCGGCAACAAAUCCUGCAGUUCCUGCGCAAUUGUUUUCUUCAACAUUAAUUGAAGAAGACAAGAUUGCCGCGACGAGUCUCCUCCCCGGACCCCAACAGGCUGCGGAAGACGGCUGUGAACUUCCCUUAAUCUGCAUCCCGUUCUAUCUAUGCGACGGCGGGAACAUCGUCACCGAUGGAGAAGGCAUCAUCGAUGCUCGAGCCUCUCCUUCGGAAUCAUCAUCGACAUCACCCAAACUUGAUCGGAGGGGCCCGUCGCAGCUGUUGGGCAAAUGUAGUAAUAAUGGAGACGAGUGCUGCAGCCACCCGAAUGCGGAGCCUCCAUCGACACUGAAGUCCUCAACUGAGCGGAAGUGAAUACGAGGGAA